AGGGAAUCUGCGGUUUGUAUCAUCGUAGUAAACAAACAGAAAGAAUUGGCGACGUUGGCGGUUAUUUAUUAGGGUUUUUUUUAUUAACUCAAGCUUCAAGCUUUCAUGGAUUUUUAUCUUCAGGGAGCAGUUUCCGAGCACUCGAAAGGGCUUCAACAAUCUGAUCACUUGGUGACCGCGAGCUUCAGGAAGCUGGUGCCCAACAAGUGAAUCUAAAGCAAACAGAGAAUUGGUUGGCUGUGGCUGGAGGUUUCAUAUUAGGCUUCUAUUUCUAUUGAGGAAAUAAGGUUACCAUGACAGGGCAACUGCCAGGGAAUCCUUCUCAGCAUGGGAGUAUUGGAAAUGGAGCCUACAUGGUGUUCAAUAAUACGUCAGAAUGUUCUCACUGUGCACCCAGGUGGUACUUCAGUAGACAAGAAAUAGAAAAGUGUUCACCAUCUAGAAAAGAUGGAAUUGAUUAUAAGGAAGAGAGCCAUCUUCGCAAGUUAUACUGUUCAUUUAUUCAGGAGUUGGGCAUGAAGCUUAAAGUACCCCAAUUAACAAUUGCGACGGCGAUGCUUUUAUGCCAUCGGUUCUAUAUGCACCAGUCUCAUGCAAAGAAUGAAUGGCAGACAAUUGCUUCAGUAUGCAUGUUUCUUGCAAGCAAGGUUGAAGAAACACCACGGUUGCUGAGGGACAUUGUUGUUGUGUCUUAUGAGUUAAUCUACAGGAGAGAUCCUCUCGCUGCACAAAGAAUAAAAAAGAAGGAAGUUUAUGAGAGACAGAAAGAACUAAUUUUAAUUGGGGAGAGACUUCUACUUGCAACUGUAGCAUUUGAUCUCAAUAUCCAACAUCCAUACAAGCCACUUGUUGCAGCUUUAAAGAGAUUAAACAUUUCUCGUCAUGACCUUGUAAAAGUGGCAUGGAAUUUUGUGAAUGAUUGGCUCUGGACGACAUUGUGCUUGCAGUACAAACCGCAUUACAUAGCAGCUGGCUCUUUGUUCCUCGCUGCAAAAUUUCAUAAGGUGAAGCUGUCUGCAGAUAGAGGAAAAGCUUGGUGGUUGGAGUUUGAUGUUACACCUCAACGAUUAGAAGAGGUUAUCCAGCAGAUGCUGGGAUUGUUGGAGCAGCAGAACAGAAGAACUUUAAUUCCUUCUGUGCGUGAGAAGGCAAUCAAUGCUACAGUGUUGGAGCAGCAGAACAGAAGAGCUUUAACUCCUCCUGUGCGUGAGAAGGCAAUCAAUUCUACAUUUGUUGAAAAGGCAGUUUCCUGCAGUUCACAAUCUUGCAUUCUAAGUGGGUCAAUUGCAGCUUCUAUUUCAAGUCAAGGUUCCGAUAGAGAGGUUGGUAGAGGUGCCCUGUCCACAAGUAUGAAAGACACUUAUGGCUCAGUUGAUGGAAAAGGAGAACUGCAACAAUGUCGGACAAGUGAUUGUGGAAGCAUGAACAGUGUUGUUGAAGAUGACAAUACAUCCGCAGAGGGUGAGGUUCAGGCGAGGGUACUGGAUUUCGAUCAAAUAUCAAGUUGUAAGAUGGUGUCUGUUAAUGUUGGUCUCAGUGAUUCCGACAAGGUUCGGAUUAGAGAGGCAUUAAAGAGGAGGAGGUGUGAUAGGGCUACGAGGAAUGUUGUGGAAGCAAUGGAUGAUGAUGAUUCCUGGAUGGAAAGAGAACUAGAAAAUGGUGUAAAGCUGGAGUCUACAUCUGCAGGAAGGAGACAAAGGUUGAUUUGAUUAAGGUUUGCAUUUGAACUGAGGCUCAAAUUGAUUAUUAAACGGCCUUUUUGCUGUCCAAGAUGGGAGGAAACAAAAAGGUUAUUGAAUCCGUAAACUGGAGAAUGUGUUGGUUGGAAGUCUGGACUUUGGACUCUGGAUUCUGGACUUUUUCUGCGACUCGUCAACUAAUGUAGGUGAGUUUAGUAUUGGAGCUGAUUCUUUUUCUUCUAUUUUUUCCCUCUAACACAGUUUACUAUUUUUUUUAAGUUGUAACUAUGGUCUAGUUAUCAUUGUAUUUACAUUUUAAUUGCCGUUUAUAUAUGUGCAUUUUUUGUUUC